AUGGAGAUGAAGGAGAUGCAGACCAAACUGUUGCAGAGGAAGAAGGAGAUGGGUGGUAGGAUCUGCAGCCUGAAGAGACCUCUUCAUCAGAGGAAGCACAUCCGCAUCAUGGAGGUCCGUGUCAACCAGGCCACUAAAAGCUUUGACAAGUUGCUAUGCAGCAACCAGGCAUUGCGUGAUGAGAUUGACCACCUGCGGCACCAGAGGUGCUCCUUCGCCCUUAUGUACCAGCGUCUGAGCAGAGAGCUACUGUCCCAGCACAAUGUCAUGGAAGACCUCGUGGAGAAGUCUGUCCUUGCCUACGACCAGCGGUCCGAGGCCCUGGCCCGCAUGCUAGCUGUGAGGGAGCGUAGCAAGAAGGACACGUCUCUCUGCCACACUGAGAUGACUGAGCUGAAGAGGGUCAUCGACCACGAGAUAAAACUCCGCAGCUUCAUGGUCCAAAAGUCCAAGGAGAGUGUCCCCAUAGGCGAGGACGAAGAGGCCAAAAAGAGAAGGGCCGAGCAGGCUCAGCGUGAGCGAAUGGGAGGAGAGAGUCUGGAGACCUACCAGGCGGUGCACCGGCUGCUCGUGGAGGUGAGCGGCAACAGCGACCUGCGUCAGCUCGGCAGGACGUUUGUGGAGAACGAGGAGAAGAGCUUUGCUUACUUCAACUACAUCAACGAGCUGAACAACAAUAGCACCAUGCUGAAGGACCGCAUCAACAAGCUCAGGACUGAGAUCCUGCACUUUGAGCUGGAGAACAAGCAGUAUGAUCAACAGUGGCAGGGCCAGCUCAAGGAACUGGAGAGAGAGCUGGAGCAGCGUCGUGGCCGGGCCAAUAAUUUGGAGAGCCAGUACACUGUGGUUCUGAAGUUUUUGGACCAGCAUAAGACGGCCAUCGCCCACCUGUUUAACAAGAUGAAGUGUAACCCUGCUUCUAUCAUUGGCAAGCUGGGCUGCAGCGCUCAGGUCACUGAUGACAACGUCACCCAGUUUAUCGGUAUCCUGGAGGAGGAGAUGCACCAGCUGUUGAUGUUCCUGUCCCAGUGCAGCUACAAGGAGGCCGAGGAGAUGGAGCUGCCCCCUCAGAACCUCCUGCUGGUCAGCUGCAGCCUGCUGCCCGCCGUGACCUCCUCUGCUACAGAGGCACCCUCCUUCGACGACAGCACCACUGAAGCACUACUGGGCCUGGGCAGCGAGCAGCCACUGGACUUCCAGACCCUGCGUGAGCGGGUGCUGCCCCGGGUGAUGCAUACUGAACAGGGUAAGGUGCCCAAGGCCCCAUCUGCCCCCCUAAGAGGAAAGAAGAAGGUGGGCUUCAACCCCAAGUCUGCCUGAGCAGGAGCCUCUGACGCUCACAAGACAUGGUGCUCACAUACUGCGUUGUUUUAAUGUCAAAGAAACCAUUACAGCAUUUAGCUUUAGUCCUUGGUCUCAGUAAUCUGUUCAUUGUUCAACGUGUCCUUUGCCCCCCACCCCCACCACUGCUUUUGAACAGGUUUGUUCUCAUUGUUGGAGGAAAUAACACAGCUCAUCUAGGCCCUUAUCCCUAGUUUCCCACCUCAGGAAAGAUACUUCGUUUUGGGCAAUGAAAUAACAAAUGGUGGGUGGCUCAGGGCUUUGCACCUCUGCGUCAAGGUCUCUUAGCAUGGCCAGGCACCACCUCUGGAGUAACAACAGGCUUUACGGGGAUCACUGGCUGACAGCUUAGUGUCUGCCCUGCCUUUGGGAUGCAUCAUGAGGUGUAACGUUACCCCGUAACCUCAUGACAUGCACUAAAAUAAACACUGGGGCUUUGUCUUUCCAAACCAAACCCCAUGUUUUGAUGGAGAGUGUUAGGCCCCUCUGUACCUUGAAGACCAGUGUGAUGCCAGAAGACGGCCAUCUCUGCUACAUCACUGGCUCUCAUUGAUCCUCCAGGUCAUCUACAAGUCCAUGCUAGGUAAAGCUCCGCCUUAUCUCAGUUCACUGGUCACGAUGGCAACACCCAUCCGUAGCACGCGCUCCAGC